UUACGGGGCGAUUUUUUCAUUCUAUGCUUCAUGUAACUUUUAAGAUUUCAUACUUAUGCAAUGCCAGACCUGGGCUUCGCCUCAGGUCUGGCGGCAGUUCUUUCAUUCUGUGCUUUGUGUUACUAUGAAGGUUAUAUUCUUGGGCAUUGCCGACCCGUGGCAAAGCCACGGGUCUUGCAGGCGAUUUUAAAAUUCAAUGCUUCAUGUAACUAUUGUAAUAAAUGCUUUGGCGUGCCAGCCUGCGGCUUCGCCACAGGCUGGCAGCAUACCCGUUAUUCAAUGCUUUGUGUACCUACUGGAAUAGAUGCUCUGGCAUGCCAGCCUGUGGCUCCGCCACAGGCUGGCGGCGUACCCGGUACUCAAUGCUACAUGUUACUCCUUUGAACUGCAGUGCGGAGGGCGCCCGAGGGCAUAUCCUGGUGUGUAUAUUGGUUCCCGUUAUGUACUUA